AUGAGGUUCUCGAUAACAAUACUGAGCCUAAUCUGUAAUCUGCUUGCUGCUGAUGCGAGAAGUACCGUAAUCAGGGGAUCCACGAGGAGGGCAGAAACAAAGGACCUGAACGAGUUUAGACUUUUGGAAGUGGGAGAUGCCAACAAUGGUGGGAAAGACGCAAAAUUCCCGAAAGAACCAAAGCCUGAUAAAGGCGAGGGAAAGGGAAAAGGCGACGAAGGCGAAAGUGAAGAUGAAGACGAAAGCGACGACGAGACAGGCAACGCAUCACUGCCUACACUUUCACCGGUGGCUAAUUCUCCGAUCCAAACUCCAACACUGGCACCUGCAACGACUUUUCAACCAGGGGUCGUGGGUCAAGAUGAUUCAGCAUCGCACACGCCCAUAAUAUUGUAUCCCGAGACUCCCGCUGCCCCAUCCUCGAGUCCAAUUGUACCAACCAUCAUAAUAUCGAAUCCUGAUCCACCAAGGGCACCAAUACCGUCAACACUGUCAACACCGUCACUGCCAACGCCAGCAAUACCGUCAACGCCAGCAAUACCAUCCACACCAUCAAUACCGUCAACACCGUCAACGCCAACGCCAGCAACACCGUCAAUACCAGCAGCACCGUCAAUACCAUCAAUACCAUCAGCACCAUCAAUGUCGUCAACGCCAGCAACACCAUCAAUACCGUCAAUACCGUCAGCGCCAACGCCAGCAACACCGUCAGCGCCUACUCCUGGAACAUCAACGUUGAGGCCAGUAUCAGAUGCAAAUCAACCAUCCAUUUCACGACCAUCUGCAUCGGUACCCACACUCCCUCUGCCAACAAUGAGUCAAACGAAGGCCCCCACCAGGGAUCCAACAAAGGCUCCCACAAGGGUUCCAACAAAAGCUCCGACCAAGGUUCCAACAAAGGUUCCAACAAAGGCUCCAACGAUGAAACCAUCAGCCAUGCCAUCAAGCAAUCCUACCAUUAUGCCGUCACUUGCCACGGUUGCGAGGGGAUUGCUUCCCUUUGACAUUACCUUGGAAGGAGAUUCGGAGCAAUUUGUGAAUGUGGAGGAACCACUCAAGCUAUCCCUAGAGUUCUUUUUGGAGGACAAAUUUGGUGAAGUCUUUGAAAGUGUCACCACCGUGCGACUUCAAGAAGACGACGGCGUCCAGUCGAUUCAACGACAGCGAGUCCAGAAAACAUUUGGAUUUGAAGGGAAUGUCAACUUUCAAAAUCGAAAUGUGCCCACUACUCAAGAGGUUCACCGAGCGCAACAGGGCAUAUUGGAUAACUUUUUAUUUGAGUUGGAUGCCAUUCUGCGGGAUAAUGGUAUUGUCUUGGACCCUACCAAUGUCGUGCUAGAUAGAGACGUCAUCAAUACGGUUGACGACGAUAUCACGUUACCAAUUGGUGGUUCGGAAGAUUCUGACAAAGAAAUUGUGUCCGAGGAUGACAAUGAUAUCAUUCAGUCCAAUGGUGACCGGGGAAUUGGCCAAGACGACGACGAUGAUGACGAAGCAACUGCUAUCUGGGUCGGAUUGGUACUAUUUGGCUUGGUUCUUGUAGCUGGAUUCUUUGUGGUGAAACAAAGACGGGCCAAUGAAAUUGAAGAGGAUCUCUCUUUGGAUGACGAAGAGAAUUUGAUGGUCGAUACAAGCGAACCAAAGCCCCUUACCUGGGAUGGUGUGUUCCGAUGGUCUACCUUGGGAUUCGAAGAGCUAGAAGGAUCUGUGCCAGGACCGGAAACCGAAUUUAUGAAUGUGCCGCAACUCGAAGAACGAGAAGUGGUCAAGCUGAAAAGUGUUGAGGACGUAUCCAAGAAUUUGGAUAGCAUGUUUGUAGAAACAUUUCACAAGCCGGAUCCAAAAUUUGCCAGGCCCUCGACUCCAACAGAUUCCAAUGAUUGCGUUGUACAUUAG